AUGGGACAGUUUGCAAACAUGAUGGUAGCUAGACCUCAAGGUACGUUACCCAGUAACACUGAGAAAAAUCCUAAAGAGCAAGUACAAGCCAUCACCUUGAGGAGUGUACAAGCCAUCACCUUGAGGAGUGGUAGAGAGUUGGAGGACAAACCCAGAAAAGAGAAGGAGAAGGAAGAGGAGAAAAAGGCACCUAUCAUCGAUCUGGUGGAAAAGGAAGAAGUAAAACCCUAUAUUCCACCCGUUCCAUUUCCGCAAAGGUUGAAAAAGACGCAAGAUGACCAAAGCUUCAUGAAAUUUUUUGACGUCUUCAAAAAGCUUCAAAUAAACAUUCCUUUUGCAGCCGAAGCUCUUGCUCAAAUGCCCAGCUAUGCAAAAUUCUUAAAAGAAAUCUUGAGCAAGAAAAUAAAGAUUGAUGACCAAGGAAUGGUGAAACUGACUGAGGAAUGCAGUGCAAUCAUUCAAAAUAAAUUGCCACCUAAACUGAAAGAUCCACGGAGUUUUUCUAUUCCUUGUAAUAUUGGCAAUUUAAAUUCUGAAAAGGCUUUAGCUGACUUAGGAGCUAGCAUAAAUCUGAUGUCUUAUGAAGUUUUUAAAAUGCUAGGUAUGGGGGAGCUCAAGCCAACAAGGAUGUCUAAGGAUGUCUCUACCACAUGUUCAGAUCGAUCGGAUCAAACUACCCAAAGGAAUUCGUACGGAAGGCACGCUUACCUAGUCCAAGGUAGGAAAAUUCAUUUUUUCCAGUUGAUUUUCGUCCAUCCUUAUAUUGAUGAAGGAAAAGAGAAGCGAUCAUUUGCAUCCUUGGAAAGACCCUUUUCUUACAACUGCAAGAGCUCUAAUUCUGUACAUGUGGCGAAACCUGACAAUUUGAGAUAG